CGGUGAAGCUUUGCUCCCUCCUAUCCCAUGCGCUGCAGCGAACUCCUUGUUCCCCAAGCAAUCCAUGAUCAAGGGACUCCUCCUAGAGAGCCUUAGCUUCUCCACCGCACGUUGCUCUCCCUCAUCCUUUCCCUCUCUCUCUCUCUCUAGCGAUCGUCCUUACUUACGUGUGCAUCUCCGAAGAGCCCCGGCAUCGUCGUCGUCGUCGUCGUCGGGGUUGGAAUUCUCUCUGGGCUUGAUCGUCGCUGAUCGUCGGGGGAACGUUAAUGGGUUGGUGAGGACGAGGAUCGGGUAAUCGAUGGAAGGCCAUAACAAUCCGGUGGGUAGCGCGCAGGGCGGCGCUCCCGCCGUCGAAGGCGGCGACUGGAGGCGGAUCUUGACGCUGGAAUCCCGCAGACGGGUCGUCGGCAGCAUCAUGGAGAACCUGAUGAAGUUUCUUCCUCGUCGUGGGCAAGAGGGUCUUCCCGAAGUGCAGAACCUCGCAAUGCACUUGGAGGAAAGGCUUUUCGCGGCCGCCUCGAGUAAGGAAGAUUAUAUAAAGAGGAUAUCUCUAAAGAUGCUACAAAUUGAGAGAUGUCAGCAAAAUAAGGGAGCCAAUUCACUGCUGGCCAACAACACCAGUGGGGCAAGCAAUAAGCCUUCAGAUCCAGGUACCUGGCCCCAAAUUCAAAAUCAAAGCCAAUCAAAUCCUAAUCGAGCAGCAGUUAAUCAGUCUCAAGCACACCACUCGGUUUUAUCAACAAUUACAACGGCCAGAACGCAAUGUCCUCCCAAUUCAUCAUCCGUGCACCCUCCUGGCAACUUGAACUGGAAUUCCACGCCAAGUGCGGGUGGACCGAACUCCACAAUGCAGCACAUUCCGGGUAUGAAGGGCAGAGAUGUCUCCUCAAGCAUGUUUUGUAAUCCUCAGAGGCAGAUUCAUGGACCUGAACAGCAGCUGAAGCAGCAGCAAUCUCAAAAUCCACAGCAGCAUCUUUACAACCAGCAGUCGCCGCGUCUGGCCAUGAAGCAAAACUUUCAUAAUUCGUCGCCGGCCACUCAAUCUCAACCUCCUCAGCAAUCUGUUCUGCAGACGGGCCCCGUCACACAGCAAAUUGUCAUGCAGUCAUCUCCUCUGUCUAGCCUUCAUCAAAGUCAACUGUCCUGUACUCAGCAAUCAAUACAAUCGAUGCUUCAGCAACAUCAAGAACCAGUUGUCAGGCCCCAACAUCAAACACAACAUACAAGUGCCUACCCAGUGCCUUCACAACAGCAGAAUAUAGGACAACAGGCCAGUGUAUUGAAUAUGCCACGAAAUAACUUCAUCAAUCAGCAUAGCAGCCUGAUGAAUAUGCCGCAGCAACUGCAGAAUGACAUUCCAAACCAGCAGCAGCAAGUGCAGCAACCAUUCGUGUGGACUCAAUAUGUUUGCUCAAGCAAACAGGGGGCUAUGCAAGAGCCUUCUAAUUCUUUGCCAUCUGGUUCCUACCAUUCUGGAAUGCAGAGAAGUCUACAAACGUCAAGAUCAUCCAUGCAGCACCAGGAUAUGACAAAUCAACAAAAGCACUCAUUCCCAUCACAGAUGCCCCUUCCAGGAACAUCGAAAUCUCUUGAUUCUAUCUCUCAAACAGAUACUGCUUGUACGGGCGAUUGGCAAGAGGAAGUUUUUCGAAAGAUUAUUGACAUGAAGAGGCUGUAUUUAUCUGAAUUAGAGGAAAUACACAGCAGUGUUUCUUUGAGACUGCGUCAGAUUGUCUCUAUUCCCCAGUCGCCCAACUCAGAGCAAUAUCAAAAACUGCAAGAAUUUAAGAACUUGGUGGGUCGACUCAUUUCUUUUCUGGGAGUUCUCAAAAGCAAAAUCCCACUCAGUAUCAAGGAUAACUUCAGCUCAUGGGAGAAGACCAUUUUGAAUGUCAUCAGUGCAAAUAGAGCCAGGGGGCUAAGUCUACUGCAGCAACCACGUGUCCCCCCACCCCCACCUCAUAUGCAGUUCAUGCCACCUGAACAAUCCCCAGCUCAGUUUCCUUCUGUCCCAUCGCCUGGGAUAGAUAUGUCAGAAACCACUGUUAAUUUUCAGUGCAAUCCAAACAUGCUUCAGUUUAAUCAUCUGAAUCAACGGCGGGAACAACGGAUGCUGCCAAAUCAGCAACUUAAUCAACAAUUUCAAGAAUGUCUGGUGCAGCCGCAGCUGAUGCAGAAACAACAGAUUUCACAGCAGCUACCUGCAUGCUUACAGACUUAUCAGAUGUCACAGCCUGAUCAAAUGGGAAAUUCAAAUGACUUAAAGACGAGACUGGGAACAGGCGUCAGACCAGGAUCUGUCUCUCAGCAUCCUCGUUUAUCUGGAUACCGGUCUUCUCAUUUAGAUCAACAGUUGAAACGAGGAACUUCAUUGCCUAAAUCUUCACAGCAGCUUCUCCCAGUGGCUUCCAUUCAAAUCUCAGAGCACCCUUCUCCAGAGAUUGAUAAGCAUAAGCUGUUGACGGCAUCCACAAAAACUGGAAUGCUUUUACAAUCUGCAAACUCACCUUUUAUGGUUCCAUCCCCUGCUUCUCCUUUGGGCUUGUCACCAAUGCCAGUGGAUGCCGAGAAAUCUAUUUCGGGUCUCUCAUCACUAUCCAAUGGUGGAAAUACUGGACAGCUGCAAACAGACGACGCACUGGCAUCAACGCCACCAGUUUCUACUGGGACUCCAGGAAUUUCAAUCUCGCCACUGCUUGCUGAAUUAAGUAGUCCAGAUGGGGCUCCGUGGAAAUCGGCAAAAACUGCUUCUGGAAAAUCAAGUGUUACUGAGCAGCCUGUUGAGCGUUUAAUUAGAGCGGUGAAAUCAGCUUCACAUCAAGCUUUGGAAUCUGCUGUAGGUGACAUCAAAUCAUUAGUCAGAGGAAAUGAUUGUCUAGCUGGGACUGCACAAGGAAGUGGUUCAAGGACUGCAGUUGGUGAAGAUUUGGCUGCAACAUUAAAGUGCCAUUUGCCAUCACAAAACUCCAAUUUGCAAGAUGAAAUAAGUGGGACAAGGAAAUUGAAACGCUAUGUUAGUGCGAUGCCUGCGAACCUGGCGCCAUCUCCAGGAAGUAUGAAUGAUAGUUUUGCGCAAAGGACUGCUUCAGAAAUUUCUGACAUAGAGUCGACAGCAUCAUCUAGUAUCAAAAGGCCAAAAUACGAGGCUAAUUAUAACCUCUGGGGAGAAAUAAAGCAGAUCAACCGGCAACUUAUACUCACGGUGGUUGAUAUCAGUGAUGAAGAAGUUGAUUCUCAUGCAGCUUCCGCUUUCACUAAAGUGGGUGAGGGAACUAUUGUCAAGUGCUCUUUUACCGGUGUGGGUAUCAGUCCAAAUCUAAGAUCAGAGACCACCUCCUCGAAGAUGUCACUGAUUCAGCCUUUGUGGUUGCUUCUGCCUAUGAACUAUCCAAACUGCUCUCCCAUUCUUUUGGACAAGCUUCCAGUUGAUGUCAGUAGAGAGGCUGAAGAUCUAUCAGCCAAGGCAAAAUCAAUGCUCGGCCGCGCACUUAGAAUGCUUCCACAACCCCUGUCGCUCAGAGGGAUAGCGCUGAGUUGGGAAGAGAGUGUCCGAGCUGUCGUUUUGGAUUUCGCGCUGCAGAGCGGUGGGGGCAACUUCAGCUCCAAAUAUGGAGCUUGGGAACAAUGCAGCUAGUUUUGAGCCUAGUGCUAUUUGAUAGCGUUCUUAUUUCUAAUCGAUCCGACAAACACAGUUUUUCUUCAAUUUACACCAUUGAGUUAUGCUGACUCAGCCUGGGAUUUUGAUCGUCCACUGAGAAUUUGGAAUGUUGAUCAUUUUCUCUUUAGGAGCAUGGAUACUGAUACUUAUCAUCAAUAAUCUCUCUGUACUUCCUGCACUUCUGCUCUGGAUUUUGCUUUUGAAUUGCAUAUUCCGGGGAUUUGCUUGGCA